CGCUCUCCUACCGAACAACUGAAGUUUUCAAUAGGCAAAUUUUAGAGGAUGGUUUGAGGUUUGAAAAGUGCAACCUUAGGGCACUCGUGCUUUCAAAAUUGGGCGUUACUGCACAUGUGAGUCUCGCGAUUAAAGGCCAAAAAAUAGGUUUCGAGAUUCACUGUGCAUACUGAAUGUACUUGUCAUCCCUGUUGAUGCGUUUUAAUGAUUAGUUGAUCAAAUUAAUAUCAAGGCUUACAAUUUAUUUUUAAUAGUCUGAAGGAAACUCCUAUUUGUCUAGACACUUACUCACUGUUGAGAAUACUGGUCUGUGCAUAUUCAAACUGGAAUUUCGGAGUACUUUAUGGAAUUGAUGGAGGACUUAAGUAUUCUCUGGUCCCUUAUAUAUCAAUAAAAACACCUGUUUCAUACCUCAUUUUCAGGGCUAGUUGCAUUCGAAAAUUUAUAAUAUGCACAGGUCGAAUAUUUUAAAAAUACGAGUACAAAGUUUGUAAAUACCAGUCGUUAAACUUUUUUGUACUAUUGCAUGAAUUUUAUUUUCGUACACAGGUAUAUCGAAAUAAAGUGCUUGGUUUGAUAUUGAAUUACUAUGGACACAAUCCUAUUGAGUGAUCUUGAACGUUUCUACUUAGUACAAGGAGUUGAAGUGGGAUGUAGAAUGGAUGGUCGUGAACCAAGUGAAUAUCGACCUUUGGAAAUUGAAACCAAUAUUUUAAGUCACGCGACUGGUUCAGCUAGUAUUCGUAUUGGAGAAACAUUCAUUGUUUGCUGUGUUAAAAUGGAGGUUGGCAAACCUUCUUUAACUAACACUGGUGAAGGUCGUAUUGAAAUAAAUGUUGAAUGUUAUCCUACAGCAACUCACCGGUGUAGUGAGAAGGCAGCGUCCGAGCUAGAGGAACGUUUGAAGACAACAUUACAAUCAACCUAUCAAUCGAAGUUUAUAGAUCUAAGCCCUCUGUGUAUCCAACGAGGUCGACAGUGCUGGGUCAUCUAUAUCGAUCUGCUUAUCUUAGAAGGUGCUGGGAACUUACUUGAUGCUUCCUCCCUGGUAGUCAAAGCUGCUCUACUAAACGCUACACAGUCAAAUUCUUUAUUAUUGUCUGUUUUUCAAAACAAUUCAAAGUCUGUUGAGGCAGAAGUUCGCCAGCUUCGUGGAGAUAUGUUGCCGUUAUUUGUCACAAUACAUAAGAUUGGAAAGACAUAUAUCAUAGAUGCAAGUAAGGAGGAAGAAGCCUGUUCAUUAUCCAGAUUAUCUCUUGUUAUCUAUCCAGAUGGUUCAAUUGGUUCUUUAGAACAAGAUGGAUGUUGUAGUUGUCAAUUAGAAUCAAUUGUUGAGAUGUCACAGUUAGCAACAAUUGUCGGCAAGAAGUUGAAUCACGCCUUAGUAAAGACACUAGAAUUGGAAAAGCAGUUACGUUCCUAGUCAAUGUGAAAUGUGUUUGUACUAAUAAAUAUAUGUACAUAUGUGUAACACUAAUGUCUCUUAGAUGUUGAGAUUAUUACUUUUAUCAUUGUUCAUAUUCACCUCAGAGGUCAAUAGUUAACUACACAUAAUUAUGAUCACCGUAGCUAUCUCACUAGAAAUAUUUUGACUGAUUAUUUUCGGUUGUUUAAGGACAUCUAGGCGUUUACAAGGAAUAACUAGCAACUUCAAUAUCAAUACGGUGAAUGGGACUACUGCUACUCUAUUCUUCCCUACUUCGCUAACUACAGUAAGAAGCCCAGUUUCGUAAUAGAAGUUUUGUUAAUGAUGAACCCAGUGGAAUUAAAAGCAUGUUUAAGUUGAUCGGUUAUACAUCGAUUAUAAUCUGUGUACUGGGUAAUUAUCACUAAAUACAAAUCAUAGUGGAAAUACAUUAAUAGUCUAGAAAGUAAUGUAGUGAAAACUUGGUGUAGAUUAGUUUUCUUCGUAAAUUGCAUUUAGGGACUCUAUUCGUAAUAUAAGGAUAUCGUGGCGUUUAGAAGGAACCUCUACCAGUCCCCUUAGAUAUACCCUUUCGAAAGAUACUAAUAUUUUGGGUCUCCCAAUAUAAAACCAAAGGUUUCUAGAUCCUAGUUAUUCUGUUACUACCAGCCAGUUCUUUUAUUACUAAAUUAGUUUCC